AUGUAUAAGUGCACUGAUUAAGGGUUAAAGGCAAAUUCUCUCUGGGUGAAUUAAGGUCUGAUUUCAAAUGAAACUGGAAAAAUAGAGCUUGCAACAUGUAGUUUAAUAAUUUAUAGAGUUACUCUUGACUUUUGGUCAAAUAUCUUUGUUAAAGGUACUUAAGUAGCUUGGCUGCCAGCUAAAUAUAUCAGUGCAGCAGAGAGGACCUGGUUGAGGUUUUUAAUGCCAAAAUGCCAACCCUGGAUGACAUUUUAGAGCACAUUGGAGAGUUUGACAGGUUCCAGAAGCAAACCUUUUUUGUCCUGUGUUUGCUGUCCGCUUCCUUCACCCCGGUGUACGUGGGGGUCGUCUUCUUUGGGUUCACCCCCGAGCACCGCUGCUCCAGCCCCGGCGUGGCCGAGCUGAGCCAGCGCUGCGGCUGGAGCCUGGAGCAGCAGCUGAAUCUGACGGUUCCCGAGUGGGAUGGCCACGGGGGCAGCUUCAGCAGCCGCUGCCGGAGGUACGAGGUGGACUGGAACGCGACGGGCAUCAGCUGCAGCGACCCGCUGGGCAGCCUGGGGGGCGGCGGCCGCGCCGUGCCGCUCGGGCCCUGCCGGGACGGCUGGCUCUACGACUCCCCCGGCAGCUCGCUCGUCACAGAGUUUGACCUGGUGUGUGAGGACUCCUGGAAGCUGGAUCUCUUUCAGUCUGCUGUGAAUGCCGGGUUUUUUAUUGGCUCCAUCAACAUUGGCUACAUUGCAGACAGGUUUGGCCGUAAAUUUUGCCUUUUAACAACAAUUGCUGCAAACGUUGUGUGUGGAAUCCUUCUGGUCUUCGUGCCCACCUACCUGUGGAUAGUCAUCAUCCGGUUCUUGCAGGGGCUGGUCAGCAAGGGCUGCUGGACUGCAGGCUACAUCCUGGUGACGGAGGUGGUCGGCCCGCAGUACCGGCGCACCGUGGGGAUCCUCUACCAGGCGGCUUUCUCCGUCGGGCUCCUGGCCUUCGACGCCAUCGCCUACGCCAUCCCUCACUGGCGCUGGCUGCAGCUCACUGUCACCCUGCCCACCUGCUUCCUCCUGCUCUACUACUGGUGCCUCCCAGAGUCUCCCAGGUGGCUGAUAUCUCAAGGAAAAAAUGACAAAGCUAUGAAAAUUGUCAGAAAUAUCGCUAAAAAAAAUCAGAAAAAGAUGCCUUCCCAUUUUAAGGAUAUUAAAUUUGAAGAGGAAGAUUGUGGAAAGCAGAAUCCCUCACUGAUUGACCUUUUCAGGACACCACAGAUAAGAAAAAACACACUUAUUUUGAUGUACAACUGGUUCACGAGCUCCAUCCUCUACCAAGGGCUCAUCAUGCACAUGGGAAUGGCUGCUGAGAACAUGUACCUGGAUUUCCUCUACUCUGCACUUGUUGAGUUCCCAGCCGCCAUCAUCAUCAUCGUCACCAUCGACCGCGUGGGGCGGCGCUACCCCUGGGCCCUGUCAAACCUGGUGGCUGGGGCUGCCUGCCUGGCCACAGCCCUCAUCCCAGAGGAUCUACAUUGGUUAAAAGUGAUUACUGCUUGCAUUGGGAGAAUGGGAAUUACAAUGGCUUUUGAAAUGGUUUGCUUUGUAAAUACAGAACUGUAUCCAACUUAUAUCAGGAAUCUCGGGGUGAUGGUUUGCUCCUCUUUGUGUGAUAUUGGCGGAGUCAUCGUGCCAUUCAUUGUCUACAGACUGGUGGAGAUCUGGCACGAUCUGCCACUGAUUGUCUUCACUGUGCUUGGUGUAAUUGCCGGUGCAUUGGUGCUGCUUCUGCCUGAAACCAAAGGAAGAGUUUUGCCUGAGACUGUGGAGGAUGUUGAAAGCUUUCACAGGCAAAGUGCUCCAAAGGCCAACAAAAUCUAUCUCCAGGUCAGAUCAGAAGGAUCAGAAGUAGCACGUGGCUGAAGAAGGCAUAACUCUUGCUGGGCAGUCUGCUUCAGGGCAGUAGCAUGGAAAUACCACUUAGAAUAAAUACCCUCUCAAAAGUC